AUCAUCCAACAAUCCUAAAGGUUGAUGACAGGCAACGGCUUGCUAGAGAACGGAGAGAAGAACGAGAAAAACAGCUAGCUGCAAGAGAAUCCGUCUGGUUAGAAAGAGAAGAGAGAGCCCGGCAACAUUAUGAAAAACACCUAGAGGAACGCAGAAAGAAGCUAGAGGAGCAGAGAUUAAAGGAAGAGAGAAGGCGAGCUGCCGUAGAGGAAAAGCGAAGGCAGAGAAUAGAAGAAGAUAAGGAACGACAUGAAGCUGUUGUACGUCGCACAAUUGAAAGAAGCCAGAAGCCAAAACAAAAGCAAAACAGGUGGUCCUGGGGAGGAGCACUACAUAGCCGCAUUAAUAACACAGAUCCAGACAGGCGAUCUGUUUCAACAAUGAACCUUUCGAAACAUGUUGAUCCAGUCAUUAACAAGCGGCUCUCCUCCUCAUCUGCAACAUUACUAAAUUCUCCAGACAGAGCUCGCCGUCUACAGCUCAGUCCAUGGGAGAGCAGCAUCGUUAGCAGGCUCCUGACGCCCACUCACUCAUUCUUGGCCCGAAGUAAAAGCACAGCUGCAUUGUCUGGAGAUGCAGCAUCUUGCAGCCCCAUCAGUCCUCUGUCCUACAAGGCCAUGAACUGUAGGAAUCCAGGAGACCGAGCGAAACUUUAUGCCUCUACUGAUGCUGUUGGACGUAGGAGAACAACGCAUCUCACUGGGGCUGACAAAAAAGAAAAGGAGAGAGACCAUUUGUCAUCCAGCUUCUCAGCCAGCUUUAAAGGAGGACAUUUUUCUUCCAACCUCAAAGCUAGAUCACCAGCUCCCUCUCCAGUUUGGCAUGCGUCAAAGUCUUUGCCUUAUUUGCCUGGCACACCCAAGCAGAUAACUUCCCCACCUGGUUCCUCCAAAGUUUCCUCUGCUCAGGCACGUCCUCCUUCUCCUGGCAACAUCCGGCCAGUCAAAAAAGAGGUCAAACCAGAGAGUGAGAAGAAGAGACCAGAAAAGGAGGCUGAAAAGACCAGUGAGGAGAGGACAGAAGAGAGUAGAGGAACUUCAGCAGGUGCUGGAGAAUCUGCAAGUCAGGAAGAGCUCACUGUCCAGGCAGAGCUCGCUCAAG